GGGGAGUAGAGAGUCUUCUCGCUGCCGUGAAGAUUCCGUCCGCUGACUGGUGAAGUUAGGGGGCUUCGAGACAAGAGAACAUCUAAAAAUGAUGCACCACACGUUGUGUAAUUUUCCAGUCAACAUGAUACAGAUGGUGCAUAGUACAAGUUCCUGCCAAACAAAACAGAGAAGUCGAUGGAUUCUUUGCACCUGUUUGCAUCAGAAGACUGGUCUCGCCGCUGGGGAAGCCUCGAUAGACCCGCCGUGCGGUUUCUGCACCAGCGCACGGGACGACAGCAGCACAGAUGACGUAUUCAUAAAGAACACCAAACCGAAUACCAGACAUUAUGUCUUCGGCAGUAUUAGAGAAAUUACUCAGAGGUCGUCUCUUUCAUGCCAGACAGUAUAUCAUGAGGCAUAAAUCCAAGAUCACAAUGGCACCUGCUGAAAACUGUGAUGUACUAAUGACUUUCCCAGAGAGCACAGACGACCAUACGCUGUUAUGGUUACUUAACCAAAUCCGUCUGGGAAUUCCACAAAUCAGAGUCCAGAUUCGGCAGCAUAAAUACACUCACAACUCUGCAUUCUUUAUUACCUCAGCCUUUGAGAACUUGUUGCGUGGAGCUGAACAGAUGGGCAUGCAAAAGACAGUGAAGGCACGCUAUGGAGGUGGCACUCGCAGGUUUUCAUGUGAGGAGGAUGACAUUUAUGAGAACAUAGAGAGUGAGCUGUGUUUUUUCACAUCACAGGAGCGUCAGAGUAUUAUCAAAUAUUGGCUGGACAAUCUGCGGGCCAAACAGGGCGAAGCUCUUCAUAACAUUCACUUCCUGGAGGGUCAACCAAUCAUACCAGAGCUUAUAUUGAGGGGUGCAAUUCUUCAAAUAUUUCCCCUUCAUGAGCAGAGAAUUAUAAAUCAGUUGAUGACGUCCUGGGUUCAGGCAGUCUGUGAGAAGCAACCCUUAGAUGAUAUCUGUGAUUAUUUUGGUGUGAAGAUCGCCAUGUACUUUGCAUGGUUGGGGUUUUACACCAACUCUAUGCUAUACCCAGCAGUGAUUGGCUUUCUACUCUGGAUCUUUGCAGAGUCUGAUCAGGCAAGUCAGGAUAUUUGCUGUGUGGUAUUCGCCAUUUUCAAUGUGGUGUGGGCAACACUGUUCCUGGAGAGAUGGAAGCGGCGGGAAGCAGAAUUAGCAUAUAAGUGGGGCACACUGGACACCCCUACAGAGUCACUGGAGGAACCCCGUCCACAGUUUUGGGGUGUUAAACGCCGCAGCCCAGUGACAGAUUGUGAAGAGUUUUUCUACCCACCCUGGAAGAGGAGAAUGUUCUGCUGGUUUGUCAGCUUACCUAUCUGCAUCCUGUGUCUCUGCUUCGUCUGCUUGGCCAUGUUUGUCUGCCUGGAACUUCAAGAAUUUGUAAUGGAAACAAAAGAGUUGCCAAGCAUCUGCCGAUUUAUUCCUAAACUUUUGCUGGCUAUAACUGUUACUGUAUGUGAUGAAGUGUACAAGAAAAUAGCUCUCUGGCUCAAUGAUCAGGAAAAUUACAGACUUCAGAGCACGUAUGAUAAUAAUCUCAUCCUCAAGACUGUUUUUUUUCAGUUCAUAAAUUCUUACCUCAGUCUUUUCUACAUUGGAUUUUAUCUCAAAGAUAUGGAGCGGUUAAAAGAGAUGCUGGCCACAUUGUUGAUCUUUCGCCAAUUUCUACAAAACAUCAAAGAAGUGUUACAGCCGUAUCUUUAUGAGCACCACAAAUUAGGGGCCCUGAGGAUGUUAUCUGACUUAAUUCACACCAAGGUCUUGAACUAUAGCAAUUUGAUAAUGCAAAGGAUGCGACGGACUUGCCAAGCCAGUCUUGAUGUGAACAAAAGUGGCUCAUCUCCAGACCAAUCAGAGAAAACAGAAAGGAGAAGUUUGAUUGGCAGCUACAAAGUUCCCAAAACAGAGGAAGCAGAUGAUGCUGGUCUAAAGCAAAGGAAGGUCAGCUUCACCGAGAAAGUGGAAUACAAAGACCAAGUUGUGGAAGCACCAACACAGGGCAGAUUACUAGACGAUGGUAGUCCUACUCUUGUUGUUGAAGGAAUGGAUCCAUCUUCAAUAUUUGAUAUGUGUGAUGAUGAUGAGAAUGUCAAGGAAACUGUGAGUAAACUGCAAGGGCCUCAAAGGAGAAAGACCACAUGUGCAGGAGACAACCACAGUAUGGACAAAAAAAAAUCCUGGAUGGACCCUCCAGAAGAGACUGGGUCUACUGUUUUGACCCAACCUGAGAUUGAAAGUUGCAUGCUAACUUAUGAGGAUACUCUUCAAGAUUACCAGGAGAUGUUCAUACAGUUUGGCUACGUUGUGCUCUUCUCAUCUGCAUUUCCUUUGGCGGCCAUGUGUGCCCUUAUAAAUAACAUUGUAGAGAUCCGAAGUGAUGCCUUAAAACUUUGCUCAGGCCUCCAGAGGCCCUUUGGUCAAAGGGUAGAAAACAUUGGACAAUGGCAGACUGCAAUGGAGGCUAUGGGUCUGAUUGCUAUAAUUGUGAACUGUUACCUUAUUGGCCAAUGUGGACAGCUAAAACGACUCUUCCCCUGGUUGAGUCCUGAAAUGGCCAUUGUCUCUGUUGUAUUACUAGAGCACUUUGUCAUUUUGCUCAAAUAUGUCAUUCAUAUUGCAAUUCCUGAUAUUCCAAGCUGGGUGGCAGAUGAGAUGGCCAAACUUGAAUACCAGAGAAGAGAAGCUCUCAAGAAACAUGAACACCUGGCUCAGCAGCACCAGCAGCAGCAACGGAGGAAGAAUGAAGAAGAGGAGGAGCAUCAAAAAAUGGCAGAGGAAUUGGCACGACAAGAGAGCGAACAAGACAAAUCAGAUCCCAAUGGAGGUGAAGAUCAUCACAAUGAGAAAAGUAUAGGAACCAAGUUCAGCUCUGGAGGAGAUAAGCCCAAGAGACCCAGCUCAAUUUUAGGCAACAAUAAUGUUAUGAAACUUAAACAAAAAAUCCCUCUUCAGGGUAAAUUCACCUCCACCACUUCUCCAAGUGGCGAGGCCAAACUUCCUGGUUUUCUAAAGUACCUCAAGUCUCCGGAGUUCAAAAAGGAAGCAGCUAUGGCAGUUGUGCCAGCAGCUACACAUGUGAGCCAAGAGAAAUCACAGUCUCCUAGCAAAUCAUUCAACCCAGGAAAACUGUUCAACUUUGGAAAAGAAAAUCUGUGUACUGGUGCUGGUUCUGAUCAACAAGCAAAACUAGAAGAUGCAUCCAGGUCCUCUUAUGCACAACUCACAAAUAAUGACCAAAUUCCUUCAUCAGAAGAGCUUCCAUCUUCUGAGUUUGAAAAAGGCAAGACCACUGACUCUGGUAGUAGUAAUCCUUCAAAAAAACAGUGAAUGAGGUAGUGAUACAGCUCAAUAUAUAGCACUGAUUCUGAUGCUUAUCAUUUGCUUAAAUGCAAUAAAGCAACCAUGUAGCAAGCAGAACUGCAUGUCAAAGAUGACUUAAUUUGAAUACAGUAUAUUAAUCUGAACUCUUCAUAUCCUUAUCCCAGAAGGAGGCACGCUAGAUCACCUGCAUGAUAAAAUCAACUUCGGCAUGGGAAGAGCAAAAGUUCGAAUGAGCACUGUAAUCAUACAAAAUUUAUAGAUUUUCUAAUUUUCUAUGCAUUAUUAUUUUUGUUACUUGAAAUAACAUAUACUAUAAAUAUAUAAUUGUCCUGGCUGAUUUUGAUCUUAUCAUGAGUGAACCAAUAAUGCAAUAAAACACGAGGAAGUACUGUGGGAUUUCUUUUUUUAAUUAUUAUUAUUAAAUGCUAUAUCAGACCCCAUGUUCAGCAUUCUAAUCAUUGAUUAUUUCCAAGUAUGUUUUUACAAUUCCAAUAUCAUCUUGAAUAGUUUUUAAUAGAAUAUUAUUAUUUAUAACUGCAAUUUAGUUAUUGAUGAGGGAGGGUGUGAACACCCAGUAUUCAGAUGUGCAUAAUUAUAGGCAGCUUUCUUACUACAGGUAAAAUGGGACAAAAUCUAAAAUUAUGAUCAGAAGAAUACAACACUCUUAACACUCUACACACUAUUGCAAUUGGUAAAAACAGCCAUUUGUCAUAUGUUAGAAACCUCUCAAAGAGUAGAGUAAAACCAGGCUAUUGGUUUUACUCACAGACAAAAAAUAUUGAGAGCACAUGUCUUUGACGUUUAUGUAUCAUGUGAACAGGUGUUGCUAAUAUGUCAGGUUUUCGCUUAUAACUUCACAAUAAAUGAACAGAAAUAAAAUAUCACAUACCACUAAUUAGAGGAGGCCAUUAUCUUUCAAACGAGCACACACACACACACACACACACACGUUAAUUGGAUGCAUAGAUCAUUAGAUAACUGAUAUGAAGCACACUUCACACAGCAUCUAUAUAUAUGGCAUCUGGCUGAAAACACGUUAGCUUUCCUGGAUCAGAUUAGGUCAGUGGAAAUGUGUAUUAUGAUAUCUUUUGGCACUUUUCCACUGCACGUUACGGUUUGACACGCCUCAACUCUACUCGCUUUACUUUUCUGAGCUGGCAUUUCCAUUGCAGUUUAGUGCCUCCUUAGUGUAGGUGGGAUUAUAGGCUGAUCGUCAUAGUUGCGCCGCCUCUACUGCCGUGACAUAUCUUAAACACGACACAAACUGACAAAACCAGUAACACAAUCGCUAGCUGUUACCUACUAGCUCAUUGUGCUGCGUAAAGCAGUUGUUGCAUGGUGAUUUUACACCAGUGUAACAGUUAAAUUGGCCUGGUUGUUUUAGAAGCAAGCUUCCAGUAGCUGGUCAACUAAAUAAAGUGAAGCUUUCAAGCAGAGUAUAGAGUUAACGUAACAAAACAUACCAUCCUCCAUCGUGUGCGGCCAACAGCUGAGACACAUCCUGAGAGACUUUUUCAUUUCGCUCAUCGCUAACGAGUGGACCGUCUGCACCUCCUUUAUUGACCAAGGCGUGGUUUUGCGCACAGCCAUUUCUUUUUUCACAAUUAGAAAUUUGGGUAAACAAAUGAUACUGUUAUCGCUGUUGCUAUCUUUAAAACUAGCGGAUUGAUGUUGUGUGUCAGAAAUCCAGUGACGCAGGUAGUGACGAUUCUCCCUGACCAAUCAGUGAUCUGCAGGAUUUUGACAUCACAUUAAGUAUCGGCUCGGCUCACUUGGAACCUUGACCGAGGUGGUGGUAUUAAAAAAGUAUCAGGUUCCAGGGACUAUCUACAGUGGAAAACCCCCAAAAAGCGAGCAGAGUCGAGUUGAGUCAAAUUGUACCGUGCAGUGGGAAAGCCCCAUUAGAAUGCUAAACCAAUUGAACUGGGUUCAUCCAUAUUUGGGCAGAGAGACAUGUGAUUGUUUCGCUUACAUCAAGCCAUCAGGAGAGGGCACCAAGUACAUGACUCUGACUCAAUGAGCCAAAUGUUCUCAUUCUGUGAAAUCUCAUGAAUAAAAUCAUGU